GCGCCGCGGGUACGGGAGCUCGGUCCUGAUGUGUUUAGCUCAAAGAGCCUUGCCCUGCAAGCUCAGAAAAAGAUCCUGAGCAAAAUAGCCAGCAAAACUGUGGCCAACAUGCUGAUCGAUGACACCAGCAGUGAAAUCUUCGAUGAGCUGUACAAAGUCACCAAAGAAUACACCCACAACAAGAAAGAGGCCCACAAGAUCAUGAAGGACUUAAUCAAGGUGGCCAUCAAAAUUGGGAUCCUCUACCGAAACAACCAGUUCAACCAGGAAGAGGUUGCCAUGGUGGAGAAGUUCCGGAAGAAGCUGAACCAGACCGCUAUGACCAUAGUGAGCUUCUACGAGGUGGAGUACACCUUCGACAGGAACGUGCUCUCCACGCUGCUGCACGAGUGCCAGGACCUGGUGCACGGACUGGUGCGGCGGCACCUCACGCCUCGGACCCACGGGCGCAUCAACCACGUCUUCAACCACUUUGCUGAUGUGGAGUUCCUCUCCACUCUCUACCGCCUGGACGGAGACUGUAGGCCCAGCCUCAAGAGGAUUUGUGAAGGCAUCAACAAAUUGCUGGAUGAGAAGGUACUCUGAAUGGCGCCUCCCCCUGAACUUAAGGUCCCAUCGUCCAGCCUGAUCCAAGUGCAAAUCAAGACCACAAGCAGAAACCCUUGUUGUCGAUGUCUGUGUUCUGUCCUACUCAUCCCUCUGAUGUCAAUGCUGAGCUGAGCUCAGGGGCAUCCACCCCACUCCCAUGGAGGUCUGGGCGUGCAAUCACCUGCGCCCAAAAACUCCUUCAAAGCAGAGAGGCUGCUUUACUCCUCAAGGUCAACUUAGGGCAUCUCAGAGAGAAGGAGCCCCAGAUUAGGAGAGUGAUCAGCUCCUGGGAGCCUCAGUCCCAUCUCUGUCCUCCAUCCUGGCCCCACCACACCCACCCGCCUACCACCCAGGGCUGUUGUGAGGAUGGAAGGAGGUGAUGUGUGUCCCCUGCUUCGAAAGCUCACCUGGGAGCUCUUGAUGUCCUCUGCGUGGAGAGGGGUCAACCUAGAUCUCGACCAUGAGCAGCAUGGAAGGAAAGAGUCACAGAAUGACCAGGGAAGGCUUGCGAUCUCUCUUCAAAGUGAGAGGAAAUCAAAGGUGUAAAGUACACUUGCAAACUGAAGCAUGUUGUUCAAGAGCUGUGUUUGGGUCUCAGAGUGCAGGCAUAAGAUGGCAUGCAGGGAAUCUGUCCAUGGGGUGGGAACAGGGUUUCCUGGCCAUCCAGCACCCCCACACUACGCACCAACCGGGCCAGCCAGGCCAGACUCCUCCUGCCCAGUGGUCACCCACGUGGCCCGGGAGGCUUCCAUCCCAGAACAUAGGGACAGUCAGGCAGAUGAGUCCCCAUUUGUCUUUCUUGGCCUUUCACAGUUGUUCUGUGCUGUCUUCUCUGGUCUGAUAAUAAAA